AUGCCUAAAUCUUUUGAAGACAUAUGGAAAAAUGCAAAGAAAAAAAGUCCUUUAGUAAGAGAAGCUUGGAUUACAGCAGCAUGUUCUGUUGUUAAAGAUCUUUGGUUUCAAAAGAAUAAGAGAUUUUUUGAUAAUAUUAAACCAAAUGAGCAAAUUUUCAAAGUCAGAAUUAAAAAACUAGUGUUUGAGGGAGGUUUAAGGAUGAAAGGGAAUAUUUGGAACCAGAAUUAUGAUCACAAAAUGAUAUCUUUCUUUGCUCUGGGAUCCAGAUCUAUCAAGUUUCAGAGUAUUAAGGAAUGCUUUUGGUUUCCUCCUCCAACAGAUUAUGUAAUGUUUUGCUGUGAUGGCUCUUCUUUUGGUAAUCCUGGGAAAGUUGGAUUUAGGGUUGUUAUUAGGGAUCAUGUUUGUCAGGUGGUUGGAGUAAUGACUUGUGGUUUAGGAAUUACAACUAAUUAUGUAGCAGAGAACUAUGUUGUUGUGUGUGCAGCUGAAUUGGCAGUAGAAUGGAAAAUGCAGAACAUUAUUGUAUGUUCUGAUUCAAAGUCAGUUAUGGAAAAUUUUGCAAGAAAUCAAGCUCCUUGGUUUGUCAGGGUAACAUGGCAAAAAGCAAUCAAAAAUUUAUCUUCAGUCAUUUUUCAACACCAGCUCAGAGAAGUGGACUUCUCAGCUGAUAAUGCUGCAAAAAAAGGUGCAAAUUUAGGAGCAGGAGAAAGGCAUGUAUUCACAGGAAGGACAACAUUUCUUCCCAGGAUUGAAAUAAAAAGAGUUACAUAUUACAGAUUCAGCUAG